AUGCAAUUUUUGUUCAACUUGGCCGUUCUGGCCAUCGCUAUCAUGACUGUCUCCGCGUCUGGCAUCCCGUCCGUCUUCAACUACAGUCAACUUCCUUCAUGUGCCCGAAACUGCAAAAUUCUCGAUAUCUCCGAGCGAAAUUGUCUGCCUCCUGCUGCACCUGUAUCCGGCAACGCGACUUAUGUCGACUGCGUGUGUCACUCCGAGUACCUUCGUAAGCUCCACAAUGACGGCGAAAUCUGUCAUGCGUUUUGUGCUCACGAGGACGAUGUUCUCAUCUAUGACUACUACACCCACCUCUGUGGUACUGCUCGUGCUUCUCCGACCAUGUCAUCGCUACCAGUCAGCACCCUGGUAUCCUCUGGAACAUCUGCCAGCACCAUUACUACCUCCACAGGGGUAGUAGAGUUAGACACAACUGCGGAGCCUUCGCCUGCAGAGGCAUCACAGGAAGCUAUAAAGGAUCCCAGGAUACGGCUACGCGACAGCUGGAAGUUCCUCUUAAUUCCUGUGGGUGUUAUAAUCUUCUUCACGCUCUUCUUCCUUGGCUUCGCCAUUUAUCGGCGCCAGCGACGCAAUUCCAAGAACAAUCGAGAUCUGGAGCGUGCCAAUCAAUACAACCAACCCAUGCCCCUCGAGCAACUCUCCUCCCCAUCAUCGCAACAACUGCGCGAGAACAACACCUGGCCUGGCCAGACACCGGUCAAACCUAACUUGACAAGUCUUAUGUUUAUCCAUAAACCACCGAAUCGUGACCCCAACUUUGGGGCCCACUUGCGGUUCUACAAAAGCCAGAUCGUGGAAGAAGAGAGACUCAAAGUCAUCAGGGGAAUUAGGCCAUUGCCCAAGGCCCCAAAAUUGUCGCUGGAGAAGAUUGAUGCUCUGAUGAUGGAGAGGAUACGACAGUUUGGACGUCCAGAUCUUCCGCUGAGGAUGACACCGAAGAUCAUGAGGUAA